ACGCUGGAUUACUUUUAUAUGGACAAGAUGAUUCCAGACCAAAUUCAAAAUUUGUCGUCGUCGUCCGAAUGCCGAUCUUUUGUGAGGCGUCGGCCAGGCCAGAAACGCACUACCAAUUUGUGGCUGGCGGUUUGUCCGGCUUCCUGGAGGUGGUCUGUUUCCAUCCCCUCGAUGUGGUGAGGUCGCGAUUGCAGUUGCAGGGCCCACGUUCCGUUAGGGGCGAGGUGCUGUACCGGGGACCUCUGCACGCCAUGGCCAUUAUUUACCGCCAAGAGGGGCUGACUGCCUUUUGGAAGGGCAUUGUGCCGCCGGUUUGCGUUGAAACCCCAAAGAGGGGCGCCAAGUUUAUGAUGUACGAGGUGUUCAAGCCGUACUUUUAUUUUGGUGCCCCACAGCCCACUCCCUUGACCCAUGCCAUGGCCGGCACACUGGCCGGAACUCUGGAGUCCUUCGUCGUUAACCCCUUCGAGGUGGUCAAGAUCAUACAGCAGGCCAACCGCUUGGAGCGCCUGUCAACAUUGUCGGUGGUCAGGAGCAUCAUCAAGCACGAUGGCUGGGGGUUGGAAGGACUAUAUCGAGGGAUUACAGCCCUAAUGGCUCGUAAUGCUGUCUUCCACUUUGGCUUCUUUGGCUUCUACAACGCGAUCAAAGACUGGGUUCCCAUCUCGCAGAAUUCCCGCUCUGAGCUCCUUCAAAAGGUCACAAUCGCCGGAUUCGCCAGCUGCCUAGCUGGCGUGAUGAGCUUCACUUUGGACAUGGCCAAGUGCCGGAUUCAAGGACCCCAGCCGGUGAAGGGCGAGGUCAAGUAUAGGUGGGCCAUCGCGACGAUUAGAACCACCUACAGGGAGGAGGGCUUUCGCGCCCUGUUCAAGGGUCUGUCCUCCAUGCUAAUGAAGGUCGUUCCGGGUGGAGCUAUGCUGCUAGUGUCCUACGAAUAUAUAUAUGAAUUCCUUAAAACUACAGAUUUUUAACAUUUAUAUUUAUAAAGAAUAUACUCGACUUUCAUAUCUGA